AUGCUUGACUGCGUUGCUAAGCUUGCUGAUUCGUUGAUUCCUUCGGACCAGGAUGAUGACCCCAAUGAGAUAUGUUUUUCUGGUGCUGGGAGUACUGUUACACACGAGGACUAUAAAAAUGCGACAUCGAUAAAUCGAUUAAAGUCGUGGUCGUCCGGCGGUCCACCAUACAAUCAAGCUAUCCCUCCUUCGCCCGCUAACGCGACUGAGCGAGUGAAUGCCGCGUUCGUUGUCCUUGCGCGCAACGGUGACCUUGCUGGGAUUUUGGAAAGUAUCAAACAGAUGGAGGACCGUUUCAACAAGAAAUACCAGUAUCCCUAUGUGUUCUUGAACGAAGAGCCAUUCUCUGAAGAGUUCAAAAAAUGGACUACCGAAGUUGUGGGAUCCAAGACUGUCUAUGGCCAGAUCCCACACGAUCAUUGGUUUCAGCCUGAUUGGAUAGACGAGGAGAAGGCAACUAAGGCCCGUCUUAAGAUGAUCGAGGAAAAGGUCAUUUACGGCCACAGUGUCCCAUAUAGGAACAUGUGCCGAUUCAACAGUGGGUUCUUCUUUAAGCACGAGCUUCUCAAGGAUUACGAUUACUACUGGCGUAUUGAGCCGAACGUAAAGUUUUUCUGCGAUCUCGACUAUGACCCAUUCAAAGUCAUGAAGGAUGGAAAUAAGGUUUAUGGCUUCACGAUCUCCCUUUAUGAAUAUGUUGCUACCAUUCCUACGCUUUGGAAUGCCACUAAAGAGUUCAUCCAAGCCAAUCCUCAGUACCUGGCAAAGGAUAAUGCAAUGGGAUUCCUCUCUGACAAUAACGGCGAGACCUACAACAACUGCCACUUCUGGUCGAACUUCGAGAUAGGCGACCUUAACUUCUGGCGUGGCGAAGCUUACACAAAGUACUUUGAGCAUCUCGACUCUAAGGGUGGAUUCUAUUAUGAGCGUUGGGGCGAUGCACCAGUUCACUCAAUCGGUGCUGGGCUCUUCGCGCGCAAGGAUCAAAUCCAUUUCUUCAAUGACAUUGGAUACAAACAUGAGCCAUUCAUGCACUGUCCACAGGGUGAUGCUCAUGCUCGUGGCAAGUGUUGGUGUGAUGCCAAGCAAAACUUCGAUUACGAAUGCCCACAGCUCCCACCUGUCUCAAACGGCAUGUCGACCCCUAACUUGCCGGGUACAAUGACACCCAACGUAAAUGUCGAUGAGCUCCCAGAUGCAUCAAUUCCGUCUCGAUUUUUAGCAUGCGUAAACCGCGCAGAGUCUGCAAAGAGGCUCAAAGCGACGUUCCGAUCUACCGUUGGUCUGAUGGCUGCGGAGCAGAUCGAAAUAAUGUGGGGAGAAAACUUGCGGGCUGUCCAAGAGUCGAACGUCGUCCUACUCUGUUGCAAGCCUCAAAUGGCAGCCUCGAUUCUAAGUGCGCCUGGAAUGGCGACUGCUCUCGAGGGAAAGCUCUUGAUUAGCAUUCUCGCAGGGGUGACCAUUCAACAGCUGACUGGUAUGGUCCCUGCUUCAACGCGGGUAGUCCGCGCGAUGCCGAAUACGCCUUGCCGGAUUCGCGAAGGGAUGACUGUCGUGUCUGCAAUUCCUUCUUCAUCUUCUCCUACCCCAUCAGCGCUAGACUUACAGCGUGAGCUUGACCGAGCUAUUAUUCUGGCCAUUUUUUCGAGUAUCGGAAGGUGUAGGUUUUUAGAAGAAAAGCAUUUCGAUGCUUGCACAGCGCUGAGCGGAAGUGGUCCCGCGUUUGCUUGUAUCGUAUUGGAGGCUAUGGCGGAUGGGGGUGUUAUGAUGGGAUUACCAAGAACGGAGGCAUUGGAACUGGCUGCGCAAACACUACAAGGCACUGCGAGGAUGGUUUUGCAGUCUGGUCAGCACCCAGCCCAAGUCAAAGACUCGGUUACAACACCGGGAGGAUGCACAAUCGCUGGUUUGCUGACGCUAGAGGAUGGUCGAGUUCGUUCCACCAUCGCCCGGGCAAUUCAGGUCGCGACCGAUCGUGCCAGUGUACUUGGACAACCGGCGCCAGGGACAAUAAGAAAAGGCACGGGUAGUCCGGAGGCGAGAGAUUAG